GCGCGGGGCCCCGCCCUUCCUGCCUGGGAGGGAGGAGGCGGAGGCGGCGGCCGGAGCCAGACGGGAAGAUGGCGGACCUGGAGGAGCAGUUGUCUGACGAGGAGAAGGUGCGCAUAGCAGCGAAAUUCAUAAUUCAUGCGCCUCCUGGGGAAUUCAAUGAGGUGUUCAAUGAUGUUCGGUUGCUGCUUAAUAAUGACAAUCUUCUCAGGGAAGGAGCAGCCCAUGCGUUUGCACAGUACAAUUUGGACCAGUUUACUCCAGUAAAAAUUGACGGUUACGAUGAACAGGUUUUGAUAACAGAACACGGUGAUUUGGGAAAUGGAAAAUUUUUGGAUCCCAAGAACAAGAUUUCAUUUAAAUUUGAUCACUUAAGAAAGGAGGCUACUGAUCCUAGACCCCAUGAAGUUGAAAAUGCUAUAGAAUCUUGGAGAAAUUCAGUUGAAAUAGCAAUGAAAGCGUAUGUGAAAGAACACUACCCAAAUGGUGUCUGCACAGUGUAUGGUAAAACAAUUGAUGGACAGCAGACCAUUAUUGCAUGCAUAGAAAGCCAUCAGUUCCAAGCAAAAAAUUUUUGGAAUGGCCGUUGGAGGUCAGAAUGGAAGUUUACAAUCACCCCUUCAACCACUCAAGUGGCUGGCAUCUUGAAAAUUCAGGUUCACUAUUAUGAAGAUGGUAACGUACAGCUGGUGAGCCAUAAAGAUAUACAGGAUUCUCUAACAGUGUCUAAUGAAGCCCAGACAGCAAAGGAAUUUAUAAAAAUCGUGGAGGCUGCAGAAAAUGAGUAUCAGACUGCUAUCAGUGAGAAUUAUCAGACUAUGUCAGACACUACUUUCAAGGCCUUACGUCGACAAUUGCCAGUUACCCGCACCAAGAUUGACUGGAACAAGAUCCUUAGCUAUAAGAUUGGAAAAGAGAUGCAGAAUGCUUAAAGUGAACAUUGCAUGACUGGAUCAUUUUAGUGUCCUUGUAUACAAAUAAAAAUUAUUAUAAAGAGUAUUUGGAACUGUCAGAUCACCCAGUCAGCAUGGGCUUUUGCCAUUGGAAAUCACUGUAAGUAGUUUGGUUAGAGCACAAAGCUUAGCUAAUUUGACUUUUUUUCCCUUUUCUUCUUUUAUUUUCAGAGGAUUGUAACUUCAGUAUAGCUGAAUAUCUUACUUUAGUGUUUCUGUUGUAACUUUCUUUUUCAAUAAUGGAAAGACCAUGCCUUUAGUUUUCCAAUUACGUGUUAAGAACUGUUUCAGAAAAUAUUUUUGCAUAUGGUAACCCUUUCUCAUGUUUUCAUGUGAAAUGGACAGCUUCUAGAAUUUGCUGGGAAUCAGUAAUGUGCAGUUCUAGGUCAGUGUUGACAUGGAGUUAGCCAUAGGUGCUGGUUUUGAAAUCAUCUGUCCUUUCCUUAUAUGCAAAAUUGGGAAAAGCAUUUUCUCUUUUGUUUAAAACUUUCAGAACACUUAUUUAGCUGGCUCCAUGUUAACCAAAAAAAAAAACAAACAAAAAGGGAAGGCCAAGGUCUAUGCUGUUUUAAGAGUUGGCAAUUAAAUAAAAAUACCUAUUUUAGAAAUGCAUUUAAUGCUUUGCCCCUGACAAUUAAAUGAGCUCAAACUCCAUCUGCCCUUAAGGGUUUUUUUUUAUCGCAAAGCCACAAAUGUAUUAUAACAAGGCAUAUUGUAAUAUAUAAUCCUGUACUCAUUACUGUGUCUGUUGGUUUAUUUUUUUGUUUUCUUGGAUUGAAAUGUACUAAAAUUCAAUGUGACAUUAAAAUGCAAAUUUUCUAUUUAUUUGAGUAUCAGAUUGCUUCCUGUUGCAGCCUGGUUUUGGUGGUUCUACAUAUAUAUUUUUUUUUAAUCCUCCUUAAAACAGCCACAAAUUUGUAGCCUAUUGGCUAUUCUCAGUUUAUUUGCAGGCUGUUGUAUUACCAGUGUCCUUUGUUUCCAUCUGCAUUUAAGAAACAUCCACAUAUAGAAGUCUACUUAAAACAGGUAUCCUUUAACUUCGUAUUGGCUGCAGAGGAUGGAAGAAAUUACAGGACCAAAAGUAAUGCAGUUGUCUGGAGAGUACUUUCCCGAUCUGAUAGAUCUCUUGUUGAAAAUGGACAUCAGGUACCUAAAAAUACAGACUUAUUACAAAUGUUGUAUAACACUUCUAUGAAAUGCAUGGACUUCAUUUUUAAGUGGAUGAAAACCUGUUUUAAAAUAUACUGCCUAAUUACAUGCACCUGAUGGGAAAUGAAACAGUUGGGGGUUUUAUUAUUAUUUUUCUCCUUCUUUAGAAGGCAGGUAUUUAUGCAUGCUUCUAUACCAGGAAAGCUUACACAAAGGUUUUGUAUCUGUUUACAGCAUGAUCCAAUUAAUUGCCCUAAACUGGUAAGUUACAGCAUAGCAAAAGGCUAGACUUGUACUGAGUAUAAAAAUGUGCACACAAAGUUGUUUACUGUUGGAAUUAUAAUAGCAAUAUCCCUGUGUUCUGUUCUUGUGCUGUCUUAUAAAGGGGUAUAGAAUUAACUGAAGUUUGUGGAAAUUGCUACUACUUUACAGUUUUAAACUGUAGAGUAGAAGAGUGAGAUUUUUUUCUACCACGGUCUUCUGGAGAGUUGCCCUUUUAAUUGUCUUUGUAGACCAGCUAGUGAGCCGUGGUGUUCUUUAAAAGAAGGCUUAUGAAUGCUGUUUGUGAGCUAAUAACAGAUGCUGAGUCACUGUCAAGUCAGUCUGUCAGUCUCAGAACUAAGAUUUAGAUACAAACCUUGGCUGAAGAAUUGCUUCAGCAUACUUAAGAGCAAGAUAAAAGGCAUGGAAUGGACAGUUAGGAGAACUGUUAAUGGGCAAUGACAUGCAAAUAACUGUUUUACCUGUUAGAAUAUUGCAUAUGACCAGUCAGCACUGGCUGAAAGUCAGAAUGUUAUUUUUCUUACCUGAAAUAGAAAGCUAGUUUUAAAUAUAUUCCUAAUAAAGAGGUAUUUUACUGCAAAGUACUCUUA